AUGAGCGGGCGACCCAAUCCGCCUUACAUCUCGCCUUACGCCAACAACCGAGAGGCCCACCACUCGCAGCCCAUGCCCGAGCAUGGAGAGAACAGCGGCAACGCAGGAUCGUCCUCAUCAAUGAGUGCUCAACCCUCCCAUGGAAACAACUCCCCAGCAAAUAAUGCCCCAGGUAGCCAUCUGUACCACCCUCAUGGCGCACCUAAUCUCGACCAGACCAGGAACCCCCGCCCACGUACAGUCCAGAGCUUACUCACCGAGAUCCGCCGGCGAGCGUAUGCCGAAAUGCGCGAGCGUCAGCGUGUAGCCACUAUCAACAGGAACAACAACGCCCAGCAGCCCCCUGCUGGUCCACCUCCCACCCUAAGAGCGGCACCAGCGUUGCUAAACGCCCCCGCUGCCUUCCCGUCUACAGAGGCCCGAAUUCCAGAGAAAUACGAUUUGAAUUUCACCCUGGCGCCGUACAACCCACCGGCAACGACUUCACCAUAUCAGCUGCCCCCAAUCCAGCCGGUUGGACCUCUGCACGUCAUGGAGCCGCCUUUCGUAGCUAAGGAGGAUUCGUAUAUGACCGGUCCCACACGAGGCCUGAUUCUCAAGGCCCCGCGAAUUGCGAAAGGAGCUCGAGGAGCAGUCUCGAUAUCGAUGUGGGAGUGCAUCUCGAAACUGAUGAAUCCACCCGCUAAUCCCGACGAUCUCCCCGGACUCGUAACAGUCACUGUAUUCUGGGCGGCCGGUAUCAUUGGGUGGGGCAGUAUGGACUGGCCCAGGGGCGACAGACGUCCUGUACUCGCCAAAACCUCUGAGAUUCGCCGUGUUGGCCUAGAGCUGGGAGUACCGCAACGGCUCUUUUAUUGGUUGACAGGCCAUGAACACUUUGAACGCCGGGAAUUGGUGAUAUCUCGCGCAGAGCUGGACCUGGGAUAUCAGCGAUACCAAGAGGAGCUCCACAUGCUGCAUACGAUCAAUCACACCUAUACGCCCAUUACGUCGGCUUCGAAUGGGAACUGA